AUGGGCGCUAUGAGAUUGGCCCUUACAGGCUUGACUGUAGCGCUGCUGGCCUGGACCACAGCAGCGCAAGGCCAGAAGAAGCUCUGCCCUGUCAAGGGUCAGCAAUUUCCCGUACCGACGGGCUUAUCCAAAGAGGCACUCUUCCAGAAUGCCACCAAGACAAUCGAGGAACAUAUCAAAGCGAAUCUUACGACCUCACCCUACAAUGUGACCAGCUUCUCCCUCGGCUUCUUCUCCGUAGAUGAAGAGGCGCUGUCAUACGAGUACCACCAUACCGACGACACGGUACGGAACAGCACCCUGGGCACGCACUCCGUCGACGCGAACUCGAUCUUUCGCAUUGCAAGUAUCUCGAAGAUUUUGACAGUGUACCUCUGGAUGAUCAAGGAGGGUGAUCGACGGUGGAAUGAUCCAGUCUCUGACCACAUUCCCGAGUUGGCGGCUAUCGACCGGUCUCAGUAUGACUACGCUGUGCCUGCGUGGGACGAAAUCACGAUUGGCGAUCUUGCGUCCUUUCUGGCUGGAAUCGCCCGAGAAUAUGGGUUGAACGACCUGUUACCACAAGGCGGCUAUGUGACAAAACUCUUGAAGUUGGACCCCAAUGAGGUGUCGGACUAUAGCGUACCUCAAUUCGACGUUCCCACAUGUGGAUAUCUGGAUGUCAAUGCCAGCUACGCGACGUGCACACCAGAGCAGUCUGCUCGAGGCAGUGGGCUCUUGGCCGCCAGUUUCCCGCCGGGUUACACUCCUCUAUACAGUAAUGCGAACUUUGCACUCCUCGGCACCGCACUGGCGAAUCUCGUUGGCAAACCUCUCGAGGAAAUCUUUACCACCAGCCUCAUCGAACCUCUUGGUCUCACAGGAACAACACUGGGUAACCCUUCUAACAUCACCGACCGAUCCGUCAUCCCGGACAGCGAUGCCACGAGCUGGAACAACGUCCUCGGUCCCCAAGAUCCUGCCGCGGGCGCCUUUUCCACCGUUCACGACUUGGCACUGAUAGGCAAAGCCAUCCUCAACAGCACCCUCACAUCCACAUCCACCACGCGUCGCUGGUUCACUUCGACCUCAUUCGUCAACUCCCUCGACCAAGCCGUCGGUCGCGGCUGGGAGAUUUUCCGUCGACGACUCCCCGGUUCGGGCGGAUACACCAUUGACAUCUACACCAAGUCCGGCUACUGGGGCCCGUACACUUCCAUCUUCGUCCUCAUACCCACGUACAAUUUCGGUUUUACCCUCCUCACCUCCUGCUCCGCGCCUGGCGCCGGAGGCCAAGUACGAGAUGAUCUCCCCAAUGUGAUUGUAAAUACUCUCCUCCCUGUCUUGGAUCAAAUCAGCCGGUUACAAGCACAGCAGAAUUUCGCGGGACAGUACGUGGGAAGUACCAGUAAUACUUCAUUUACCAUUGUCACGGACGAGAACGCCGGAUUGAAAGUGACGGAAUACACCACUCAGGGACUCGACGUCCUCAAUCAAAUCUUUGGAAAUACUUCCAAAGUGGACACGAGAAUUUUGCCGAAUCUGAUCAACUAUGCGGAUGUGAUUGACGCCGGCGGAAAUGGGACCAGAAAACGAGUCGGUUUCACGUCUCUCUUUCAACAAUACCCCCAGACGGGCACGGAGGAGCAAGAUGGAGAAGCGAACGAUUGGUAUUGGCCUUGUCAGACGUGGUUGGAUAUUGAUGAUUUUACGCUGGCGAAUAUUCCUCUGGGACAGGUCGUGUUUGAGGUGGAUGAGCAGGGGAGAGCGUGUGCGGUGAGAUUGGAGGCGUUUAGGGAGAGGUUGGAGAGGAAACAGGUAGGUUAG